GGUCGCCAACACUCAGCCAACGCCUCGCGCGCUGCCGUCAAUGCUCGCAAGCAACGCUACCGUGACAUCGUUGCAUAUGAUCACACCCGCGUGAGCCUUGCAGCAGCUGGCGGCCACCUUGGCUCUGACUACAUCAAUGCCAACUAUGUGGUGGGCUACGAAAAGGAAAGAGCCUACAUUGCUUCUCAAGGUCCAUUGCCCGACACGGUUGGGGACUUUUGGCGCAUGGCCUGGGAACAAACCUCGCGAACCAUUGUCAUGGUGGCUCAAGUGCGCGAGAACAACCGUGUCAAGUGCGAGCUAUACUGGCCAGCCGUUGAUCACUCGGCUACGUACGGCCCAUUGAUGGUCUACGGGCGACGCGAAGAAGUUUUGUCCCCCAACGUGACGCGACGUUUGUUUGAAAUCCACCACCAAGACGAAGACCGCGUGCAAGAGGUGGUACACCUACAAAUGACCACGUGGCCGGACCAUGGUUCCCCUCGCAACCCCGAGGCCUUUUUGGAGCUCCAUCGUCGCUUCCGAGAGGCACAAAGGAAUGCACGCAACUCACGCUCAGGGCCGGUGGGGCUGCCUAUAGUACACUGCAGCGCUGGUGUUGGACGUUCUGGCACCUUUAUCUGUUUGGACACGGUCUUUGAAACGCUGCUGGCAGGUCGUGACCCGGUCGAGCCGCUGGCCAUUAUCAGCCGCCUGCGCAAUUGUCGCAAUUUCAUGGUCCAGGCCGUGGAUCAACUCGACUUUAUCUUCCGGGCGAUU